AUGGCAAAGGACGAUGUUCCAGAAGUGGUGAGGAACAAAAGGGUGAUACUGAGGGACUACGUGACCGGUUUUCCAAAAGAAUCAGACAUGUACAUAAGCUUUAGUACCAUGACUUCGAAGAUACCAGAAAACCACAAAGGAGUUGUGCUGGUCACGAACCUUUACUUGUCUUGUGAUCCUUACAUGAGACUUCGCAUGCGAAAUGAUCAAGAUCCCGAGUUUACCCCCUUCCCUCCUGGCUCUCCCAUUACUGGGUUUGGAGUGGCUCAAGUUUUGGAUUCAACGCACCACGGCUUCCAGGAAGGUGACUUUGUUUGGCGAACCAGAGGAUGGGAAGAAUACAGUUUCAUAGCAAGACCUGAAAGACUCUUCAAAAUCAGGCAUACGGAUGUCCCUCUUUCCUACUACGCUGGGAUUCUUGGCUUUAGAAUUGAAAGUAGUGCUUUGAGAGCUCUAGAAAAGGAACAUCUUGUAACUCUAUCUUUUGCUCUAGGUGGAGCUAGAGUGGUUUGA